AUGGUGCUCGACUACAGCAAAUGGGACUCCUUGGAGCUCUCUGAUGAUUCGGACAUCGAAGUCCAUCCCAAUGUCGAUAAGCGUUCUUUUAUCCGGGCCAAGCAGGCUCAGAUUCACCAGCAACGAGAUCAGCGCCGCCACGAGAUCAAGACCCUCAAGUACGAGCGAAUUAUCAAUGAUGGAUUGCUGUCGCGCAUCGAUAAACUCCUCGAGUCUCUCAAGAAGCAUGAGGACUCAUCUGCUUCCCCCGAUGAGUUCAUUUUCACCACAAUCAUGGAAUUCGCGAGCAACCCCGCCGAAGACCAGGCCCCUACCCCGCCGGAGGGAGUAUACACACACGCGCCGGAACAGCCUAAAUUCUCCCAGAUGUUGAGCUCCCUAGUGGACCAAGUGAAGGCGGAUAUUAAAGAUCCCAAGCCUGAGAACAUGUUCCAGGCAUACAUUCAAGGUGUGAAUGGGCACCUCGAAAAGAUCCAGGGUCUUCAGAAAGAACUGGACGCGAAGCUUGCGCAACUUGAGAAGGAAGAAAGCUCUAAAAUCACUAGUGAUAAGCUACAUGAAGGUUUCAAUCAGUCACAUAUCACCAAGGCUGCGGAGAAAGCGAAGGCUGCUGCCAAAGCAAAGGAGACCUCCGUCGAGCUCCUGAACCCCGGCGCAGCAAGCUCCAUGACCAAGGCCGAUGAUGAAGGCGAUGAUGACGAUCCUGCCGAUGUCGAGAUUAGUCCGUUGGCGAAGAAAUUUGCUCAACUCAAGCCUGGAGACUACAAGGCCUACCUGCAGUUCAUCUCAGCGAACCCGGAUAUUGUCGCCGAGAAGGAAACCGAUGGUUUGCUUGUAGAGGCAUUCAACAACCAGAUGAAGGGUAACGAGGAGUAUGCUCGCCAGUGUGUGCACCAGGGUCUGCUUCUGCAAUACUGCCGCUCGCUCGGUCCUGACGGUAUCCAGCUGUUCUUCACUCGCAUUACCACCAAGGACCACCGCGCAGCAACUCUGUUCCUCAACGACGUCAAUGACACAUACAACCGCAUCAAGACUCGCUCCGCUGAGCUCAACAAGAACAGCUCGGCAUCCGACGAAUCUGGGGGCGUAGAGCAAAUCCAGCUGCACGCUGUUGACCCCGGUACUAAGAUCACCAUCAAUAUCCCCGCCGCCAACAGUCAGGAUCCCGUCGAGAUUGAAUCGCGCAAGCUCUUCGACGCUUUCCCCGCAGACUUGCAGAAGGCAUUGGAGACCGAGUCCCUGGAUGAGGUAAACAAGGUCCUCGGAAGGAUGUCCGUUGAGGAGGCGGAGGUCGUUGUGGAGCAAUUGGGUAAUGGAGGCAUGCUCAGCUUGGAGGAGGGAAUUGUGGAUGCCACAACAGCCGAGGGGCAGAAGAAGCUGAAGGAACUGGAAGCUGAGGGUAAGGAAGAAGUCGGAGAGCCUGGCGGUGAUGUUACCGAACUUGACUAA